UUGAGAGAGGAAGAACCUUAAGCAACCCAAAUAUAUAUCACUGAAGAAAUAGCAUUCAAAGAAUAGCAACUAGUAAAUCUGGACGUCUGUCAUCCAAGCAUCACCAGCGCUCGUUAAAGGUUCCUAGAUGGCUAACGAAUUGAGGCCCUGCCCAUGUGGUAUUGGAGACAGGUUUGACUAUGAGGGUUGCGGGCAGGAAGUACAAGUUGAGCACAUCAAGGCGUACGUUUGCAAACCUGCCAGCACAGAUAAAGCUGUGAUUGUGAUUCAUGAUAUAUUUGGAUGGCAACUCCCAAACACCAGAUACAUGGCUGAUAUGCUUGCAGCUAAUGGAUACAUAGCCAUCUGCCCAGACUUUUUUGCAGGAAAAGAACCUUGGAAACCUUCUGAUGACUGGUCCAAGUUUGAUGAUUGGCUGAAAACUCGAGAUGCCAGGAAAAUAAACAAAGAAGCUGAUGCAGUCCUGAAAUAUCUAAAGGAACAGUGUGGUGCAAAGAAAUUAGGGGUCGUUGGUUUUUGCUGGGGUGGUGUUGCUGUACAUCACCUGAUGAUGACGUACCCGGAGUUGAAGGCUGGUGUAUCUCUCUAUGGACUAAUCAAGGAUUCUGAUGAUAUAUCCAAUCUCCUGAACCCCACGUUUUUCAUUUUUGCUGAAAAAGAUGAUUUCAUUCCUCUUCAUCAAGUCACCCUGCUGGAGCAGAAGCUAAAGAAAAAUUGUAAAGUCGAUUAUGAAGUUAAAAUUUACCCUGGACAAACUCAUGGUUUUGUACAUCGCAAAAGAGAAGAUAUCAAUCCUCAGGAUAAGCCUUAUAUUGAGGAGGGAAGAAAGGAUAUGAUCAACUGGCUGAAUAAGUAUGUUUAAUAGAAGAGCAAGCAACUUAAUUUGAACACAAUUAUGUAAUACACUGGAGACUUUUGAUAACACAUUUUAGAAAAUUGGAAGGAGAGUUUUUUGGAAUAUUUUAGAUUUUUUUUGUCAGCAGGUUCUAAUUGAUACUUUUAUAUUAUGUUCUUUUGAAGAAGUCUCGUAUUUCAGUUCCUUGAGGUUUAUCUGAAUCCUUGAAAUAAUUUAGACUAAUAGUAAAUCAGUCUAUUUGUGUGUUAUGGCCACUGUUCAUCUAAGUUCUGCAUAAAUCACAAGCCCAAAAUUUAGGGACACCAAUACAUUAUGUGGUGAAGUUCAUUUGGAGAGAUUAGGCUUUUUUUACUUGUACCCUGGUGUCAGAUGCGAAGUAAGUGGGCAUAUCUUGUUUCAAAAUUUGCGGCUAAGGUUAUUCAUGCGGCGUAGUACUUUCUCAGAUUACCUGUGAAACUCUGUAGAUGACUUCCUGGUUAGUUCAGGAAUUCAAAAAUACAAUGCAAUCUGCAGACAGGGCAUUUUAACGUGUGGCUUACAAACCAUAGUUGCUGCUUAAGGAAGAAAUGUUACAUGUUUUUGCGUAAUGUAUCUUGUUGCAUAAUUUCUCCGUCAAUGAUAUGACAAAAAUCUUCAUGUUGUAUCAGCUCAAGUUUGCAUCUACCUUGGCACCCAGCCUCCGUCAGUGGCCAGCAGUAGCUGCGUAGGGAAUUUCCCCUCUCACUCCGCAUCCUGGCAGCCAGCCCUUCAGGGAAUUCCUCAGCUGGAUGUUGCCACUGGAGCAGUGUGUCGGAUGGCCACUGAUGGACCCUCUGGGUUUGCCAGUCCCUUUUUGAACCUGCUUGUGACGCCGACCUCUAGUGCACCCUAUGACAGUGACUUCCACUGUUUAAUUAUGCCUCAUGGGGAAAAAGGCUCGUUAAGUUCGUUAGUUUGAAACCAGCUGCCUAGUAUCUUAACUGGGUGCUGGUGCUUCUAAAGUUACAAGAAAAAGAAAAAGAAAAAAAAUGUAUGUCCCUUUUCACCUCAGUGCUACUGAUAAAGACUGCUAUGUGAUUUAAUGGGAAGAAAAUGUUAUUUAGGAAAGCCUUAAUUUUACUAAUGACAAAUUAAACUGAUAGGCUAUCAGAGAAAUAUACGUUGCAGUGCGUCAUUUAAAAAUAGUCAAAAAUAUGUGUUAAUUGUUUCUCUCUCAAUGGGAUUUUAAUUUCUUUUGCUUUUUCCCAUCCAUGUUUUCCUCCUUUACGUGCUGCUAAUGUCCCUCCGUCUGUCCCAUGGGGAGGUCUUCAGAGAAUUCCAGCCUGCGACUGCUGAUUAACUGUUGCUUUUCAUAUGAUGCCAUCUAUAUGCAAUGUAUUGAUCCAGCUGUUACCUGGGUGAUACAGCUCUCAAAACACAUUUUUUUUCAGGAGAAGGUGGCAGAGGUCUGGAAGUUUAUUGUGCCUUAAUUACCCCAGCGUAAAACCUGGAUAACUCCCCAUUAAUGGAGUUCCAUUAGCCUGAGAAGGUCAGCUGAUAUGCAAGAGGACGAUCAGGUCAUGUAUUUAGAGAGCAGCAGGCAUUCAUAGAUAACUGCAGCGGCGUGCGUGCUGUAACACCACCACCGUGCCUAAGCGAAAAGAAAAAAACAAACAGAGAUGCAGCAUUUGUUCGAAGUUGAAAGGGUGGCUGCAAGUUACUACAAGUACAGCCACAUCCUCAUGAUAAAACUGCAGGUCACUGAGGAAGAGCAGGAAGUGCGAGACGCAAACGAGGUGUGUGGUCACAGCACAAAGUGCAGCCAGCUGCACGUACAGAGAUCACAAAUGUGUUGAAUUCAGUUUUGACGUCUAAGUAAAAAAAACCUGCGUGGAUUGCCUAGCAAGGAACACAGAAACAACAGGAAAUCAAAUUAAAAGUCAUUUAAUUUCUAAAAUUUAAUGUCAAUAUGAAGGUAAAGGGGAAUAAUCUUAUGCAUAAAGAAUUUCUGGAGCCACAUUACUGUGACUAAGGGAGUGGAAAUGUGGUUAAGCAACUCCACUGGAGAGAAGGUUCUGCAAGCCUUGCUGUCAUUUCUCUUUCCUAGGAAUCAUUUAAACUGCCAAUUUUUCUUGCAUUUAUUUUACUGCUGUUCUUUGAAGUUGCUAUGGAGUAUCUGAGCUCCCUGUGUGUGGUAGUUUGUUGUUUGUCGUAUACAAGUGGGAAAAGCCAAAAAAAACAAACCAAACCAAAAGGUUUGGGUUUUGAACCUUAUGACUUCACUCUGGAAUUCUUUGGUAGGUUUUUUUUUUUCAUUUGUUUGACUGUAUUUUAGGAAUAGUAAAUAAAUAGCAUCAACAAAGUUAUUUAGAAUAUAGGAAAACAGUUUAUGUAUGAGGACUAAAUUGUAAGGCUUGUUGCUUUCCCAAAGCAAAAGCGUGGUAGAC